GCUACAUGAACAACUUCCGGUGACUGUGUGCAUGAGACUAUGGCAACUCACGACAACUCCAGUCGUCCGCGUGGCUACAAAAAGGUCAGCCAAUCUCUACCAGAACAAGAAUGCAACGAAGUUGCGAAAGAGACGACAUCAAAUGAUGCAAAUGGAGGAGAGAAUGGAGAGGAAUGUGAAAACAAAGGGAAAUGUGUGAGAACUAGAGUGGGCGUGGUCAUUGCAGUCUUUUGUCUGCUGGUUGGGUCCGGGAUCGGAUUCGGAGUCGGAUAUGAGAUUAACAAGUAUUUGGAUAAAUGUCAGUCGAUGGAUGGUCACGAGCAUGCUGCAGCAGUAGAGUCGUUGUCAGGCAGCAGAAUGAGGCAACACUUGCAAUAUUUGACCAGAUUACCACACCUCGCUGGUAGUGCUAGAAACAAGGCGUUAGCUGACUAUGUCGCAACACAAUGGAAACAAUCUCAUGUAGACAGAGUAGAGAUCAAGUCGUAUUCUGUCUUAUUGUCGUAUCCAAAUACGACACAACCCAACACUGUGUCUAUAACGACGGCCGAUAAAACAGUUGUUUAUGAGUGUAGCAAAGUCGAGCCACCGCUUACAAACGAUGAGAACACGUCUGAUGUUACACCACCGUUCAAUGCGUAUGCGGCAUCAGGUGUGGCUCAUGGUGAGCUUGUCUAUGUUAACUACGGUCGACUGGAGGACUUUCAGACGUUGGAAAAAUGGAAUAUUGAUGUACGAGGGAAGGUGGCUAUUGCAAGGUAUGGGAGGAUCUUUCGUGGUGACAAGGCAAGGAUCGCAGAGCUAGCAGGUGUGUCUGGAUUAAUUUUAUAUUCAGAUCCUGCGGACGUUUCAGGAAAUUCUAUGAACAGUGAAUCAACAUACCCACACACUUGGUGGCUUCCUUCUACUGGGUUACAAAGAGGGACACUUCUUAUGAUGAAUGGUGACCCUCUCACUCCAGGAUAUCCAUCCAUACCAGGUGCAUAUCAAAGGCCACUGGCAGAUGUCAAGAAUGAUACACUACCGCACAUUCCUGUUCAGCCGAUAUCGGCCAAAGACGCUGCAAUAUUGAUGAGCAAUCUGUCCGGACGAGUCGUCCCUCGUACAGCUAACGGAUCCAACUGGCAGGGAGGAUUAGGAUUCGUGUACUACACAGGCCCCGGAUAUGAAGAGAACACGACAAAAAGCAAUCAACACGUUUCCAUGAAAGUGCACAAUAUGUUAGAAGUCCAGACUACUUAUAAUGUCAUUGGCACUAUUGAUGGUUCUGAAGAACCAGAUCGUUAUGUGCUGCUUGGUAACCAUAGAGAUGCAUGGGUGUUUGGAGGUGCAGAUCCCAGCAGUGGAACGGCAUGUCUAAUUGAAAUUGUUCGAGGGUUUGGCACUCUCCUAGCCAGUGGAUGGCGCCCACGAAGAACAAUCAAGUUCCUGAGUUGGGAUGCUGAAGAAUACGGACUGAUUGGAUCAACAGAAUGGGUCGAAGAGAACUCACAGAUUCUAUCUGAGCGAGCCGUUGCCUAUCUCAAUGUUGACAUUGCGGUUGAGGGAAACUACACUCUCAACAUUGCAGCAAGUCCGCUGCUGUACCAGACAUUAUAUGCAGCAGCCAAGCUUGUACCAUCACCCGAUCGUGCAUUUAAUUCUCUCUACGAUUUGUGGCUAAAACGGAUGCCUAAAUUGCCACACAGGGAUGCACCAUUUAUUGCCAAUUUAGGAUCAGGCAGCGACUUUGUUUCGUUCCAGCAAUACGUUGGAGUGCCAUCUGCUGACAUAGAGUUUACGUUCGAUUACAGUAAGUAUGAUAUGUAUUCGUAUCCAACCUAUCAUUCUCUUCAUGACACGUUUCGCUACGUGUCUGGAUUUCUCGAUCGUCACUUUGACUGUCAAGUGGCGACUGGUCAGUUGUGGAUGCAAUCGGCUUUAAUUUUAGCGGACAGAUUACAUCUGUUGUUCGACGUUCAAGACUAUUCGUCUGCUCUUUUUGAGAGUUUAGACUUACUGAGGUCAAAUUUUGGGACUGUGUUGGAACAGAAAGGCAUCAAUCUGCAGCAUCUGGACGGUGCUGUGCAGCAGUUUUCUGUUGCAGCAGAAGAGGUUGCGAAACGUCCAAAGGUCACUAAUGAGCUGAGUGUGCGGAUGUUUAAUGAUCAAUUGAUGCAGUUGGAGAGGAUGUUUAUUAUUCCGUCUGGAUUGCCUGGACGCCCGUUUUUCAGGCACGUCAUAUUUGCUCCGAGCCUUUAUAAUUUGUAUGCAGGAUCUACAUUUCCAGGAAUAUCUGAUGCACUGUAUGGUGACAGCCCAGACUGGGAGUUGGUUAAACAACAAGUUUCCAUUGUCUAUCUAACAAUACAGCAAGCAACGGCUUCCUUGCAAACAUUCAACACAUUUUAACAAUAUCAAGUGGCCGCAUUAGUAUGGAUGCAUAAUGUUAUGUGAAUGAAAUAGGAAUACCUUACUUCACCAUUUGUAUUGGUUUGCAUAUGUACAAGGAUUAGGCCUAGUUAUGUCACUGGGGAGCUUCUACCCUCUGGCAUAGUAGUUGCAAAUGAUUGAUGUUUACUUGUUAGUCAUUGAUAUCUACAUGUGAAGCCAUUAAAAAUUUUGUAGUGCAUACAACCAGAUACACAGAACAAGGUCCUAGCUGGCAUUUAAUUAACUGCCACGUUGGUGUACCACUUGGCUAGGAGAAUAAAGACUGCAUGCCCUUGGUGGAAGGUGGGAUGGUGACGUACAUUAUCAACUGUGGUUUUUUGUAGUUACAUAAUGAGCAAAAUUCUCUCCCUGGACAGAAGUCAUCUGCUUCAUGCAAACAGUGGCUACUUAGUUGGUUGAAUUAUGCAAGGCCUGCAGCAGCCAUGCAGCAGCCA